GAGGAUGUAGUGAGCCCUGCUCGUAUCGCAACCCGCAGUGUUCAGUGGCCGAGGUGGACGAACAGAUCAUGAGAUUCUGGGCCUCCAAGGGGUGACUAGGGAGGCACAUACGAGGGCUUGCUCCUGCAAUUGCACCACCCGAUACAUUCGGUGUUCGUUGUCACUGCCACGUACAACUGGCCCACUAUCCAGAGCCAGGGGAUUUUACCUGCUCUUCGUUCCAGGAAAUAUCACCGAGGAAAACGACAAGCGACAUGACGAGCAAACGAAUGAUGACGACAUGUGCAAACGUCUCUGUACAAGCCCACCAUGUGUCGCGGGCCAAACGAGGUCAGACAUUGGGAAAAUUGCGGGGGUUCCGAGGAUGCACAGUGUGGCUCACUGGGCUGUCUGGUGCUGGAAAAACCUCGAUAGCAUUUCAGGUGGAAGCGAUACUGGUAGAGCGUGGAAUAGCCGCCUACGGCCUGGACGGUGACAACGUGCGAACCGGUCUGAACUCGAACCUGGGCUUCACCCGAGAGGACCGCCAGGAGAACAUCCGCCGAGUGGCCGAGGUAGCCAAGCUCUUCGCGGACAGUGGUCAGAUAGUCCUCUGCAGUUUCGUCUCCCCCUACGACGAGGACCGCCAGACAGCCCGGCGCAUCCACAAGGACUUCGACCUCCCGUUCUUCGAGGUCUUCGUGGACACUCCCCUGAACGUCUGCGAGGCACGAGACACUAAAGGUCUCUACAAGAAGGCGCGUCAGGGGGCAAUCAAGGGCUUCACUGGUAUCGACCAGAUGUACGAGCGUCCCCUGCACUCCGAUCUCAUCGUCACGACUGAGAACUGCACCCUGGAGGAGUCAGCGGCGAUGGUGAUUGAUCUCCUGGAGAGGAAGCACAUUAUUCCUGUCGCCCCGAAGGCUGACUCCCUCAUUAAAGAGCUUUUCGUCCCGGAAGUGAGGAUUGCCAGUGCCAAGGCGGAGGCGGAGACACUUUCCUCUGUUGACAUCACGGAAAUUGAUGUCCAGUGGCUGCAAAUACUUGCGGAGGGAUGGGCUGCCCCGUUGACGGGGUUCAUGAGGGAGGAGCAGUACCUUCAGACUCAACAUCUGAGAUGUUUGAUAGUAGAUGGCAACGAGAUUAACCAAUCCGUCCCGAUAGUCCUAGCAGUGACCACUGCCGACAGGAAUAGAUUGGAGGGACACUCAGCAGUGACACUGAGACACAAAAAAAAUGCCCUGGCGAUUUUGCGGAGACCGGAGUUCUACGCCCACAGGAAGGAGGAGAGAUGCUGCAGGCAGUUUGGCACGAGUGACAUGAGACAUCCUUACGUGAGGAUUAUCCACGACUCCGGGGAUUGGCUGAUGGGAGGGGACGUUGAAGUGCUGGAGAGAAUCAAGUGGAAGGACGGCUUGGACGACUACAGACUGACCCCUAAUGAGAUUAGGGAGCGCUGCAGGGCCAUGAAGGCUGAUGCUGUCUUCGCUUUUCAGUUGAGGAAUCCUAUUCAUAAUGGACAUGCAUUGCUCAUGCAGGACACGAGGCAACGUUUAUUGGGAGAAAGAGGAUUCAAGAAUCCUGUUUUAUUAUUACAUCCUCUGGGAGGAUGGACCAAGGACGACGACGUACCCCUACCCACAAGAAUGCUGCAGCAUAAAGCAGUUCUCGAAGAGGGGAUUCUGGAUAAAAACUCCACACUCUUAGCAAUAUUUCCUAGUCCAAUGAUGUAUGCUGGACCAGUUGAGGUUCAAUGGCACGCGAAAGCGAGAAUGAACGCAGGUGCCAAUUUCUACAUAGUAGGAAGAGAUCCUGCUGGCAUUCCUCAUCCCAACAAGGACUCAACCCCAGAUGGAAAUCUUUACGACCCAACGCAUGGGGCUAGAGUCCUGUCAAUGGCCAGGGGACUCCAGAAUCUUGAAAUAAUUCCGUUCAAAGUUGCGGCUUAUGACACGAAAAAUAAGAAAAUGGACUUUUUCGAUUCAGAAAGGAAGCAGGACUUUGAUUUCAUCUCUGGAACGAGAAUGAGAGCACUAGCUAGAGCAGGCCAAGUACCACCGGAUGGUUUCAUGGCGCCGAAAGCAUGGCAGGUCCUCGUGAACUAUUACCAAGAUGGAGAGCAACAUUAACGAAGCAUAAUCCCCUCAAUUUUAAUACAAUUCGACGAAUAAAUUAAAUGAAUUCAAGAGUGAAGUGUGAAAUGUAACAAAUUUUUUUUACACAUUAUUGAACAUCAAAUUAUCUUGAUACCGAAUGAUUUCAGGAGAAAAUGUCCCAUACAUUUUUUGUGGGAAAUUUCAUGAGCUGCAAAAAAGAUCUUGUGACUUUUUCUCCUGGGAUGAGUCAGUCCCGAGAUAAAUCGAAAAAACGAAAACGUUCGAUUCAAUUUUUUUACGUUUUACCACUUCACUGCAUAAUUAUCAGCUGCAAAGCAUUUUAAUCAAUUAUAACAUUCCAAAACUGUACAUACCGACAACCCGGCAAUAUCCCCCAGAAUCUUGACCUUCAUACAGUGGUACAAUGCAAUAUCAAAUAUUAUUUUUAAAAAGAGGGAUUUAUAUAUUUUAUAGAAUUUGAUAUAUUAUCAAAAAAAUUAUUUUGUCUUUGACUGGUAAUUGAAAAAUCAUGUGACGUUAAGUAUUUAUUACACCGACAUGUGCCCGGAGUGAAUAAUUACCUGAGAGAAGAAUAAGUGGAUUAAAUGAAGAGAAAAAAAUUAUUGAGAAAACAAAUUAUUUAAUUUAAUUGUCAUUCAGAAGUUGAAGUGUUGAUUUGUGACAAGACGAUUUAAUUUUUUGAAAAAGUGAUAUUCGUCUCGUCAUCACUUGGCUCUUCCCUUCAAUUCUGUUCAUUAUUAAUUGAAUAUUGAAAAUAUAUCACUAGAGAAAGAAAAUCUACAAUAAAAAGGCACUUACGAUAUUUAAAAUAUUUUAUUACCGUAGUAAAGUGUUAAAGUACACAUUAAUAAUUAAACGAUACUUGACAAAAAUAGAAUACCCUCAUCAUAUUUUUUCAAUAUACAUCCACUCCAACAAUAUUCCCGUCACUGUAUGUAUUUACCAUACGUUCUAAUAUAUUUAAACCUAAAGAAUGACUGAAAUACAAGCUUAUUGUACUUUGACAGCAAUCAAUUGUAGUCUACCCCAACAAUUUUCUUCUUUUACAAACCAAAUAAUGUCAAUAUCACCCUAAUAAAAGAUACAACUAUCUUAUUUCAUAAUGAACUCCAUGAAAUAAGAUGAGGAAACAUAAGAUCAAUUCAUCAAAUAAAGCAAUAUUUCUCCUUCCGAAUGAGGCAAAUAUGUGCAAAAAAUAAAAUAUUGAACUAAA